AUGCCGGCCGGGGGGGGCGGGGCCGUCCUGCCCUGCUGCGCCUGCGCGCGACUUCGAGGACACGCUGCGGCUGCGCGGCAAGCGGGGACUCCACCGGGCGCUGAGCCACGGCCCCGUACGUCCUGCCCCCCUUCUGGCUGUGUUCCCCAUCUUGGGGCUGCUCCGAACCUCUGCCGUGUCCCCUCAUGCCAGGUCUCGAAGCGUCCCCGGAGGAGGGAGCCCAGAGGGGACGGGAGCAGUCCGGCCGUGAGCAACCCAGAGCAAAGCACCCUCUUUGAGGCUGUCAGGUCGGCCAAGAUUGCCAUCGAGACGGUGGUGGAUGACUGGCUGGAGACCUACAAGCAGGACCGGGAGACAGGGUUCCUGGAGCUUGUCAACUUUAUCAUCCGUUCCUGUGGCUGCAGAGGCUUGGUGACCCCGGAGAUGUUCAGGCAGCUGCAGAACUCAGAGAUCAUCCAGCAGCUGACGGAGAAGUUCAAGGAGGAUUCGGCCGAGUACCCGCUCUCGCUGCGCACCCCGCCCUGGCGCCGCUUCCGGGCCGGCUUCUGCGAGCUGGUGGCAGCGGUGGUGCGGCAGUGCCAGUACAGCAUCGUCUACGAUGACUUCCUGAUGGACGCCCUCAUCUCCCUGCUCACCAGCCUCUCCGACUCCCAGGUGCGGGCUUUCCGUCACACCAGCACCCUGGCAGCCAUGAAGCUGAUGACGGCGCUGGUGAACGUGGCGCUGGGCGUGAGCCUGCACCAGGAGAACAACCAGCGGCAGUACGAGGCUGAGCGGAGCAAGGGGCUCGGCCGCCAGGCCACCGACAAGCUGGAGGCACUGCUGGAGAAGCGCCGGGAGCUCCAGGAGCAGCAGAAGGAGAUCGAGAACAUGAUGAAUGCCAUCUUCAAGGGCGUCUUUGUGCACCGCUACAGAGACGUGGUGCCCGAGAUCCGUGCCAUCUGCAUGGAGGAGCUGGGGACGUGGAUGAGGAGCUACGCAGACUCCUUCCUCACUGACGGCUACCUCAAGUACAUCGGCUGGACGCUGCACGACAAGCAGCGGGAAGUGCGCCUGCAGUGUGUGAAGGCGUUGCAGGGGCUGUACUGCCGCCGGGACAUGGCCGCCCACAUGGAGCUCUUCACCAGCCGCUUCAAGACCCGCAUGGUGUCCAUGGUACUUGACAAGGAGCCCGACGUGGCCGUGGAGGUGGUGAAGAUGCUGACGCUGAUGCUGGAGAACAUGGAGGAGGCGCUGACAGAGGAGGACUGCCAGAGCGUCUACCCUGUGGUCUACGUCUCCAGCCGGGUGCUGGCCUCCUCCGCCGGGCUUUUCCUCUACCGCAGGCUGCUGAACCCGCGGCGAGAGGCGGGCAGGGAGCGGCCUCGCGACAGGGACAACAGGACUUUCUUCCGGCUCCUUCUGGCCUUCUUCGUCGAAAGCGAGCUCCACGAGCAUGCAGCCUACUUGGUGGACAGCCUGUGGGACUGUGCCGGGACCCGGCUGAGGGACUGGGAGACCAUCACCGCUUUGCUGCUGGAGGAGUCGCCCACCGAGGGCCUGGUGGACCAGCAGGAGAAGGCACUGGUGGAGAUCCUGGCAGCCAGCGUGAUCCAGGCAGCCAAGGGGCAGCCCCCAGUGGGCCGUGGGCCGGCCAAGAGGCCCUCGGCCCGGGAGCGCAAGGCGCAGGCGGAGGAGAGAACCCGGCUCACGCACUGCCUCGUCCCGGCCCUGCCCCAGCUGCUGGCCAAGUUCUCAGCCGACGAUGAGAAGGCGGCUCUGCUCCUGGAGGUGCUGCGCUGCUUCGACCUCAGCAUCUACUGCACUGGGCGGCUGGAGAAGCACUUGGAGCUGCUGCUGGGGCAGCUGCAGGAGGUGGUGCAGAAGCACACGGGGCAGGCGGUGCUGGAGGCCGCGUCCCAGGCGCUCCACGCGCUCUGCGACCCCGAGCUCGCCCUGCACGGCCGCGGGGACCUGGUGCGCAGCCGCCUCGUUGACCAGCUGGCCGACAAAUUCCACCAGGAGGUCGCCGAGCUGCUCCAGGCCUCGUCCCUGGACGAGGAGGAGGUGUACAGCAUGGCAGCCACACUGAAGAGGAUCGCCGUCCUGUUCAACGCCCAUGACCUGACGCCCUGGCAGCUCUUCGAGCCCUGUGCCCAGCUCCUGCAGCGCGCCGUGGACAUGGGCGAGGUGCCACCGCAGGUCCUUGUCCCUGCCAUCACCUGCCUCCACUUCCACAUCCUCUGGGAGCUCUCGCACCUGCCCAGCACUGAUGUCCCUCAGGCGCAGCUGCAGAGCCUGAAGACCAGAGUCACCUCCUUCUGCUCGCUGUGCCAGAGCUGCCUGUCCGACGUGGACGCGGGCGUCCGGGAGCAGGCCUUUGUGGUGCUCAGCGACCUGCUGCUGGUCUUCGGGCCCCAGCUGCCACAGGACGGGCAGGAGGCGCUGGCCCCGCUGGUGCUGCUGCCCGACGCGGGGCUGCAGUCCCAGCUGGCCGCCUUCCUCAUGGACCAUGUCUUCCACCAUACCUACAGCCAGGAGGAGCUCUCGGCCACAGAGGACGGUGAGAACCGCAUCGAGGAGCUGCACCAGCGCCGGGUGCUCCUGGCUGGCUUCUGCAAACUCAUCGUCUACAACGUGCUGGAGCUCAGCGCCGCCUCCGAUGUCUUCAAGCACUAUGCCAAGUUUUACAGUGACUAUGGGGAUAUCAUCAAAGAGACGCUGAACUGCACCCGGCAGAUGGACCGGCAGGAGUGGGCUCGCACCCUGCUGCUCAGCUUGCAGCAGCUGAUGACAGAGCUGCUGCUGCAGCAGGGCCCCGAGAUCCGAGCGACCGAGUCUUUCCAGGAGAUCCGUGACCUGGCGCGGCGUUUCUCCCUCCUCUUCAGCCUCCACCAGCUCCACAACCGCCCGGCGCUGUUCAGCAUGCACAAGGAGGGGAUCCAGUUUGCCUUCCAGGAGCUUGCCGGCCCUGGGCUGGGGCUGCCGCCCCUCAACCUGCCCUUCCUGGAGGUGCUGAGCGAGUUCUCGCCCCGGCUGCUGCACCCCGACAAGGCCCUGCUCCUGGCCUACCUGGAGAAGAUGUGCCAGGAGCGGCAGUGGCUGGCGCUGCGGGAUGCGCCGUGGCCGUCCCUCGUCGCCUACCGCAACUCCCUGCAGCCGCAGGAGGAGGGGGGCUCGGUGAGCAGCCGCAGCACAGCCCCCCGCCCGCGCCCCCCACCUGGCUCCGCUGCCAAGAGACCCCGCGUGGACGGUGAGGCGGGGGCUGAGCCCUGGGGGACCCUGUGUCCCUGGGGGCUGCGUCACCCCCAGCACCGGGCUGGGCCGUGCGGGGCUGGGGAGGCUGGUCCCGCUCUGUCCCUCGCUGGGGGGACCCCGGCCCGAGGCUGGGACCAGUCUGAGGCUCCCCAGUCCACAGCGAGGGUCACCACAGGGCAGGGAGCUGAGAGGUGGCAAAGGUGCCGUCACCUCUGCCGGAGCCAGACUGUUCUUAGGAGGGGAGGGACCGGGUGUGGGGACAGGAACAGCGUUUGGGGGCAAGGAUGGGGCUCAAGGAGGGGGACGGGGGUGUGGGGAUGGGGUAGCGGUCCCCGUGUUCAGCCCCCUCCUGCAGCCCCCUCGGAGCACCCCGACUCCAGCCCGUGGCCGAUGAGCCGCCUGCCCAGCCCAGCCUUGACCUCCACGGUGCUGCGGGGCAGCCCCCGGCCCUCCCUGCCCCGGCUGCCAGCACGGGACUCCAGCUCCGACCGCAGCCUCCUGCAGAGCGGCUCCCUGUCCCGCUGGUGCAGCAGGGUGAACCGGCUCAGCCUGAUGGUGGAGGAGGAGGAGGAGAAAGAGGAGGUGACAACUGAAGAUGAGAGCAUUGAGGACACCCCAGAGCAGGACAGGACUCUGCUGGCCCCCCAGGACCAGCUCCAGGACCUUUUCAACUCCACCAUCCUGGGCAUCGAGGACGUCUGAGCGAGGGAGCCCCAGCGGCGCGGAGCAGUUUGGUGCCUGUUUAUUGUUGUUAUGAGCCCAAAUGUGGGGGAGCCCGGCUCCCUGGGCCCCGUUUGGCCACGGUUAAUAAAUACUCGGUUGACA